GAGUGAUGCUCUAUCUCUUCAGAUGAUUCACUACUAACUCACCUAGUCUUGUCUACUUUUGAGCAGUACCAUGUCUACCGUUCGUGGGGCCCUGAUGACAUCGAUUGCUAUCGUCUCAGGUGGAUUCUUACUAGGACAAUACCUUCAACCGGAUACUCGUACUAGCUCGAUCCCGCCACUGCCCAAUACUGAGACUGAUGAUCCCGAGGACGGCUCAUUCUCAGAAUCAGACCUGGCUCGUUUACCACUCUCGGAACUCAAUCGGCACUUGCAGAAUCUACAUGCACUCAAACGGAACGUCGAGGCUGAACGUUCUAUCAUUCUGAAUAAGCUGGUCGAGGUCGAUCGACGGAUCGAACUAGCCCGUCGUGCCUCCUCAUCAAAUCAAUAGAAAAAAAAAAACGUUCUCGUGGCCCCUCAAGUAAAACCAGUUUUCAAACCGAAAUGGUAUCUCUUCCAUCCACCGAGUUGAUCAGUCAUCAUCAAAUCGUCAACUUGCACUUCAAUUUGAAUCAUACUUCUGGAAAUCUACAGAAAAAACUGCAGCAAUAUUUUAUUACUUCACUCAACUGUUUCGUUCAAAACCCCAGGGAUUCUCAGACUUGCUUUGCCCUUCAGACUUCACAAUGCAAAGCAGAUUUAUACAAAGAGUGUUUGUCACAAGGGGGGAGGGUGUCCUGAAUUGCCCCAAACUACACAUCCUCAGACUAUAUGUACUACCUUUCUGGAAAGAAAAACAUGAGCCAUCAAACUCUAAAAA